GAAAUUGAAAUUGAUUCAAUUGUCGAUCAUGAUCAAGAACGAUUUAAAAAAUUGAAAAUUCUUGAUUCGAUUCUUGAUUUAUUGUUUGAUCAUAUUGAUGAUCGUAUAAAAUAUCAAGAAAAACAACAACAACAACAAGAGAAAAAUGAUAAUGAUGAAAAUGAACAUCGUUGGGAUAAAAUGAUACAAAUAUUAACAACAAUAUUCUUUCAACGUAUUUUAUCAUCCGAUUCGAUACAUUGUCAAUAUUUAUUAUUCUAUAUUUGUUCACAUUCCGAAUCAUAUUGUAAUAUAUUGGUAUCCGAUCUUUGGACAUUAUUAUCAACACCACAAACACCAAUUAUUAUUCGUCAAAGUAGUUUAAAUAUUAUAAUAUCAUUAUUUUUAAAUGGACGUUUUAUCAAUAUAAAUUCAAUAUUUUCAUUAUUGAAGCUUAUUCUACAAUCAUUGAAUAAUUAUCUACAUUCAAAUAAUCAAUCAAUCAAAGCAAAUUUAAAUGAAAAUGAUUUAAUAUAUUAUCAAUUAUGUAUAGGUUUUUGUCAAUUAUUCUGUAUAUUUCAUAAUGAUUUUAAUCGUAAUCAAAUUGAUUGUCUAAAAAAUUUAGAUAUGAAACGUGCUAUAAUAACAUCAAAUUAUAAACCAUUACAAUAUGUUUCAUUAGAAUUAGGUGAACAUUUUUUACAUCUUUGUAAUUAUUAUCGUAUUGGUUAUGUAAAUAUUGCCGAUAUUCAACAUCAUACACUUCAACAAACAUUUUCACAAUAUCGUUCGAAAACAUGUUAUUUUGGUGGUAUUUAUUUGAAAACAAUUAAAAAUCGUAUAUCAAUACAUGUAAAUGAUAUGGAAACAUUAUCGAAUGGUACAAAUGAAAAUAUUGGCUAUCGAAUUCAUGAUGAAUCAAUGGUAAAUUGUUCAAGAAAAAAUGGCUCCAAUUAUCAACAACAAAAAACAAUGAUGAUGUUAUCACAAAGUCCAAAUUUUACAACAACAACAAGUGAUGAUGGAAUGACUACUACUAGUCCCACCGAAAGUGGUAUCAAUAAUUCUUUAAUAUCCAAAUUUAUUAUGAAUCAUAUGCUAAGUGAUGAUUGUGAAACAAUGGAAUAGAAAAAUUUUUUUUUGU